AUGGUGUAUUUCUCUUUAGUAGCAUCAUGCUUCAUCCUCGUUGCUACAGCGGCUCAGUCGAUCAAGCAACGACCUACAUCACGAAAUACAAGUGCUGCACCGAUCGUGGUGCAGUCGAGCCAAUAUUUUGACGGCGACAAUGGCAAUUGGAGUACAAUCGCCAUCCGCGUCGGCACCCCAGAACAGACCGUUAGAGUCUUUGUGUCAACAAAUUCCCCCAUCACGGCUGUUGUGCAACCUGCUGGAUGUGAAGCCAAAGCGAAUCCUACAGGAGUGCCUGUAAAUUGUGUUGAUUCCAGAGGAGGCACGUUUGACAGUACGAAAUCUUCAACCUGGAAUCGGCGUGGUCAUUUUGAACUUAAUGGGGGGAAUGGCGUGGGUUUCGAAGCGAAUUUGGGAUAUAGCUUAAAUCUCAACUAUGGCUUAGAUGUUAUAGCACUUGGGUAUCGGGAUGGCGUUGGCUCUCAGAGACUAUCAAACCAAACGGUUGCAGGCUUUAACCUUCCUGACCCGUUCUACUUAGGCUUCCUCGGUAUUGGGGUCGAGCCCGUGAUAUAUAAGGAAUUUGGGAAUUACUCGGCACCUUCGUUUUUUGAACAAUUAGCUAUUGACGGUCUGAUCCCAGGGCUGAGCUGGAGUUAUACUGCCGGGGCAGCUUAUCGUCUUUCUGCGGGUCAAAGUAUGCAGCUUAUAUUUGGUGGGUACGACGCCUCGCGAUUCAUACCCAAUAAUGUUCACUUCACCCUCAAGGAAGAUUCUACUAGAGACAUUGUUGUUGGCGUACAAUCUAUCUUGUACGCAAAACGAGAAACAAACCUGACGACUCUGUUGCCGGAUCCGAUUUACGCAUUCGUAGAAUCUACAGAUCCUAAUAUCUGGCUUCCAAUCGAGUCGUGCUUGUUAUUCGAAAAAGCGUUCGGUUUGACCUGGGAUGAGUCAGUAUCUGAAUAUUCUCUGAAUAGUACGCAACACAAUACUCUUACAAGAUCUAACCCCACGGUCACUUUUCGACUUGCUGCCAGUACAACUGGGGGGGCUACAGUUGACAUUAUACUGCCCUUCCAGUCUUUUGUACAUCAGUACCCUUCCGUUCCAAACGCUACCUAUCAAUUUCCUCUCCAAAGAGCUAGCAACCCGUCACAAUAUACUUUUGGCCGCAUAUUUCUCCAAGAAGCGUACUUGACUGUCGACUACGACCAGGGAAACUUCUCGCUGAGCCAAUGUACUUUUAUCGACGGCGCACCUUCUCGAGUUAUGUCAAUACCUGGUACCUCAGCUAGCAAUGAAAGUGGAAGUGGAACUGGAGAUGUGCCUAACGUACCAACUGGAGAAUCUCCGAGGCGGCCCAUACCGAUUAUAGUCUCUGGCGUCGUUGUUCCCACGAUAUUCAUCAUAAUAAUAUGCGCUGUAGGAUUCUGGUUCUGGAAGAAAAAGCAGAGAGACAAGAAGCGGAAGGCGGGUGAGUCUUCAGUGGGAUCAGCGGUAUCCGUGGGAGUAGAUGAGACUGCGAUGAAUAAUCCAACGACUGGGCGUCUUGUUGAAGUCGAUGGCCGCGAUAAGACACGUGAGCUUCCAGAGCUUCCAGAGCUUCCAGAACAUGAUGCAUCACAUAAACUUGCUAGUAAUGAUGUAACACAUGAACUUGCUAGCAACGAUGUACCACAUGAGCUUGUCUGA